AAUAUCAACCGCGUAUUUAAUUAAAAUAUUUGAUCACGUGAUAAGAAAUGGAAUAAUGAAAAAAACUUCGCACCUAUCACGUCAUAUCAAUAGACCGUACGUUUUUUAAAUUCAAAUGUUAAAUGAUGUCAAACGAAACUUUUGACAGAAGUUUGUAGCAUUCAUUUCUAAUUAAGAUUUGGUAAAAUGUAAAUGUGAACAAUAUUUUAAAUUAAAGUCACCAUGGGUAUAUGUGGUGAUGCUUCAACUUGGGCAAAAGUUGCCGCAAUUUUAGAUUUAAUUGGAUUACCAUUGUUUAUAUCUGGAUAUGCAACUCCAGCAUGGAUGGUAUCAGAGACAAUCAGACAACUUUUAGAUGUUUCUAUAGGACUUUGGCAAGUGAAUGAUUGCUCCUCAGGGUCAUGUAAAACUAGCAGUGUUCCAGAUUCUUAUAAAACCGGUUCGUUUCUUGGAACCCAAGCUUUAGAGUCACUUGCAAUGGUAGGAUACAUUUUAGCAACUAUUUUCAUAGUUAUCUAUGUUGCUACAGAAAAGGCUAGAACAAGAUGUUUCGCAAUUACCAUAAUGACCUUCAGCUUAGCAUCAACGUUUUUCUGUGUGAUUGGAAUGAUUAUCUGGCUGGUUGAGAUUCCAGCAUCGUAUUUUGGAUCCUGGUCACUUGGGUUGACAAUUGUCGCUGCUGCUUUAUAUGUUGUUGCUAGUUGUCUUCUCAUAAGAGACCUUCGUGCACAGAAAAAGGCCAACAUUCUGAGAGUUCAACCACAAGAAAAAGUACCACCAAUUCCUUUGCAACCUACGUACUAUAUUCGUGACCACAGUCCAAGAUAUGAAAGAAAGGCGCUUCCUCCGCCCUCAGAAACAUAUUCACCGAGAACGCCUCGGUCAGUGCGGAUCGAUGUUGUAUCGCCAGCCUUUACAGAUAGCUCUAAUAGAUCACAACGCCGCUACGGAACACCCAAAUAUUCACAACGAUAUGAUUAUAAAGCGCGAUAAAGUGUAGUUACUGUCGAUAAAGUGAAGUUACUGUUAUUUGUCAUUAGCUAAUAGGGUCCUGGUCCGCGUCACUAGCAGUAAACAAGAACCCAAUGUCAUCAUUUCAAUUUGGGCAGAAUGUGACUGUAUUUAUAAGUAGGAUGACGCUGUUUGUUAAAUAGAAGUUAUCACAAACCAUAAACAUGUCAUCUGUUCACUAUGGAUACGUAAAUUCUAAUUCAUACUUUUCUACAUUCCAUAUAGUGUUCAUACACAAGUUAUUGUCUUAGAUUCAAGAAUGAAUUGUUAGAAGUUUAAACGGCAGCGUGACACAUUUUGAGGAUACAAAUAAGCGAGUCCAUGCAUGAACCAUUAGUGCCUUGUUAUAAAAUGUGAAUGUCAUCAUACGAAAACCUUGUCUCAAAAACGAAUCAGUUCAACAUCGGUCAUCCUUUAUUUAUGUUUCUUUACAAUGCCUCAAUAGUAGCAUAUAGUUGACGAAUAAUAUAAAAUUAUUCCUAUGUGUGUUAUUCUAUAUCAUAUUGUAUUAACAAUUUAAAGACGUAUUCUUAGUAAUUUAUACAGAUUAUAGUAAACGACAGUUUAUCGUUAAUGUAUGCUUUUGAACUGAAGUGACUUCAUCGCACAAAUGGAAUUAUCAAACAUAUGGAAAUAAAUCGUUAUCGACACGUUAAAGAAAAAUAUGUACACAAAGAAAUAUGGAAAUGAACGAUAGAUGUUUACUACAUAACCCAAAUCCGAUAGAAUGUCAAUUAAGCUAAAAAUGCCUUCAAGAAUAAUGUAUAGUAAUUUUCGUUAAAUUUUCUGUAUUUAAUGAGGCUAUUUGGUAGAUUAAGUUUUUCUAAAUGAAAAUUUAGAAAUUUGAAGUCUUAAAUGGUUCAAUUCAAAUUUAGAAAUUUGAAGUCUUAAAUGGUUCAAUUCAAAUUUAUAAAUUCUGAUUUCUGACAGAUUUGUCAUAAACGCGUCUUGUGCAAGCUCAUUUACUAAAUGAUGUUAUUUGAAAUGUAAGACUUUUUGAUUUCGAAAUUAUAUGGCCAAUAGAGAUUUCUUUGUACCUCCUUUUACACAAAUGAUUACCUUACUUUUUUUAAUCAAAGCAGUAUAAUUAUCUCAUAUAAAAAAUUAUCAUGUAUUGCUUGAAAGAUCGCGGGGAAUGAAACUUUUGACCAACAAUCUAUUAUGUGGUGUUAUUUUUUUGUUUUGGAGUAAAACAAAGUAGAAAAUCUGUCAUCUUAGUUUAGACUCACAGGCACUUGUCUCUGAUUGUUUUUAAUAUAAAAGUAUAUUAGUAAAACAAAACGUUUCCAAUUGUCUAUGUUCAGGCUAUAAACUUGUUUUUUCUUAAUCGUGUGAUUGAGUACCCAGAACUUGUCCAGAAGUAUAAAUGUUGUUUUCUGUUAUCAAUAUACUAAUGUUGUCUAUGCAUGGGAACACUAUAUCUAACGCCAAUAUAUAUGUUCCUGGUUGCCUGUACUUAUAUUUUGCAAAUAUUUAAUUUUUGGAUAAUGAUUUUUGUUUGAGAUUUUACGAACGAUGCAAUGUACUGUAAAAUGUACUAUAAUAUUACUUUCUUUUUUAAUUGAAAACUGUUUGCCCUUAAGUAUGUCUGCUUAAAUACAAUCACACCAAUUUCCAUAUUCUCUGACCAAAUUUAAUUUCCAGUUACAUAGUUUGAAAAGAUUGAAAUUUAAUGACCUGUUCUGAAAUUCCAUUGUUUUGAAAUCGUUGUUCUCAAAAAGUUGUUUGUGGGAAGGUCAACACAAUGUACUGGGUUCUGUUGACACCGUAAACAAAACGACAAUGAGCAACACUGCUGAGAAAUAGAACGGUAUCAUUACAUAUUGUAAGAAUGUAAAUCAUUUCAUUUUCUUUUUAUUUUUUGACAAUAUUUACCACAUGGAUAGUGUCAUGGAUUGUAUAAACCAACAAUGAAAUAUUGAAAGAAGACAAAGUUUGUUGAGAGAAAAAGAGAAAUGUACGUAAAUAAUGGCAUAAAAGAAGAUAUGUUGUUUAAUUUAAACUUAUGUUAUCAUAAAAUAUCAGGUAGAUUUAUUAAAUAAUUU